AUGUGUUCACCAUCACCUGGUAAACGUCGAAUAGAUACAGAUGUUAUUAAACUUCUUGAAUCAAAACAUCAAGUAACACUUAUGUCAGGUCUUAAUGAACUUAUGGUUAAAUUUGCUGGACCACGUGAAACUCCUUAUGAAGGUGGUAUAUGGAAUAUUCGAGUUGAUCUACCCGACAAAUAUCCUUUUAAAUCGCCAUCAAUCGGUAUGUUGAAAAAUACUUCAUCUAUAUGA